UUUUACUCUCAGAUGUUUUUAUUCAAAUUAAACACAUUAUUAUUUGAUUGAAUAAAAUGGCAAAAAUAUUGCUAUAUCAUAUGAAAGGCAAAAUAUUUAUUCAGAAUUCAACAAAUUAUCAGUGUGAGCACUUUUAAUGCAGGAAAAAGAAAACAAUUUUCAAGACUUCUAGACAGAUAAAUUUGCAGAAACAUUCAAAUAAAAAUUACAAUUAUUUUAGUGGAUAAACUGUUAGUUCAUAAAAAUAUGAUAAAUUGGUGUGAGCUGACAGCAGCUUUAGCUGAUUUUUAUUUAUUUWUUUAUUUUUUUGGCCAAAACAAAUGUUAAUCUUCUGUUAAGAUUUUUCUUGUGCUUUCUGAUUCAAGWGCAUAAGUUCCCCCAAAACCCAUCAUGAAAUUCAACUUAGACAAAUACCUUCAAACACAUCCUGAAACUUGACGUAAAUAAUCCCAGUUUAUUAUAUUGAAGCAGCUGUGUGCUUCUCAUGCACAGAAAUUACAGUGUAAUAUUUCCCCCURGACAUGCGGUGACAUCAGGUACUUUAUGGGUGCUAUAAGUCAGUCGUUGACUAUAUAAGCUGCGUUGUUCAGGACCAGAACCAACUUGAACGGAUUCACCAUGUGGGCCUUCUUCGUUCUUUGCAGUGUGUUCAUCACACAUGGAGCACAAGGUUGGACAAUAGGAUGGACAACACAAGAAACUGCCACAACUAGCGCAGGCUGUGGUGGUUACUUGUACAGCAGCAGUGACUCAUUUUCCAGUCCCAACUAUCCAAGCCACUACCCAAACAAUGCAUACUGCACCUGGUACAUUAGACCAAACCGUCAAAUCAUUGAGUUGGAGUUCUUUAAUGUAAACACUGAGUGCAGUUUUGAUUACAUCAGUGUCUAUGAUGGCUCCAGCACUGGAAGCAGGUUACUGGGAUCUUCUUGUAGCGCAAACAGAAUCGUCUUCUACUCUACUAGCCAAUAUUUAACUGUGACCUUCAGAAGUGACUUUUCAGUCACAGGCACAGGAUUCUAUGCAACCUACAGGAUUGUAGGUAGGUAUUUAGGUGUUUUACAAGAUGUCAGGUGUGUCUCCUUUUACACCAAAACUUCUUGUCUGCUGUCUCUGAAGCUGAAGGUUUGUGUAAGAAUAACUGUGGCUACGAGGUUGGAAGCUGCUCCUGCUCUUCAAGUUGUGAAUACCGGGGGAAGUGUUGUGCCGACUAUAGAGGUAAGCCGUGAUGAAAAAUAAAUGCAUUCCCUUUAGAUUACAGGGUAAGUGCUUUAAAUCAUCUUAAUGGUUACAAAUUAAGAAGACAGUAAUAAAAAGAUGGACCGGAACUUCAUUCAUUUAAAUCUGUCAUCCUUAAUUUUUCCAUUUCAGAAGUUUGUCAAGCCACAUCUGGACCACCGGCUACAACAGGUGAACCAGAUCAUACCACAGGUACAAAUCCAACUAUUUUAAUACCAUUCUGAAAGUAGCAUUCUAUGAAGCACUCGCAGUGACAUUAAAUAAAAAAGUUAAUAUGUGCCCACAAGAUAACGCGUGACCAUGACUAUAAUUUUGAGCAGCCGUGUCUCCUUGAGAGAGAUACUGACAUUGUUAGAGUCAGAUUAUAUAUGUUGUUUUUACAUGCCUCCAUGGUUUGAUCUAAAGGGUUCAUUUUCAUAGUACUAGUAUUUACGAGAUGACAUUGAACGCCCUAAGUGUGUGUCAGUAAACAGAUUUUUUUACUGUGUUCCUGAACAUAACUCGGACUCCUGCAGCAAGGGUGCGAGGUUUGUGUAUUGAGCUUUAAAUAAAUGCAAGUGACUGAAGUAAGGCCAUUCAUUCAUAUAUGAAAAUUAAAUUAAAUUAAUUCAAACUUGUUCAUGUAAACAAUCAACAAUCUCUGCAUGGAAAUUACUUCUAUAAUUAUCUCGUGGCAUUGCGUUGUCAUCGGACGGGCAGUGUACAUUUCAAUCACACUUGUCAAUGUAAAAUAUUUUUGACAUUUUUAAAACAAUUCAUGGUAUUUUUUCCCCCCAGGUCAACCAUCAUGUCGAUACAACUGUGGCUAUCACAUGGGAAGCUGUUCCUGCAGAAGCUAUUGUCAGUCCUAUGGCGACUGCUGCCAUGACUUUAGCUGUAAGUGCCAAGCCCAAGUCAGUAAGACCAGCUGGAUCUGGUUGGCAAUCAGUCUCUGAAAUAACAGCAUCACAGUUUGCAGACAAUGAGACAAAUAUUGCUUCUCUUUGGCUCGAUGUGUUAUUUAUGUAUUAAUCAGUCUAUCACCACUCAAUCUAUUUUGUCUAUUAGAUUACUGCCCAACAACUUCUUAUCCAGUAUCAACCA